AUUCUUCUAAAAAAGACGACGACGAGUAAGGGAAUCGUGACGAACCGGUUGGUUAAAUUAGCGGCAAGGCUGGUGAUUAAACCGACAGGGGAAACGGGCGUAAAAACAGUCGAUGAAUAAUUUCGAACGUCGCGGCAUCCGUGCACGAGUGUCCCUUCGAAAUAUAUAUAUGUAUAUACACACACACGUAUAUAUCCCUUGUGGAGCAACGAAACGCAGAAGGGGGCUCUAAAUGGCUUUGAAAAUACUCGAGUAGCGGGAUGAAUAAAUGCAUAAGUGAAUUUACAUUUGCCUUCCUGCGCUCGCUUCUUCGCUCGCGUAGGAGAAGCACCUCUACGUGUUCAGUCCGGGGACGACUACUGGGAAAGGCGGACGCGUAUUUUGGUUCCUUUCGACGGUGCAACUAUCCACGGAUAAGGGCGGCGAACACCGCUCCCGAAAUAGUUUACGAGUGCGCCAGAUAUUCCAGCUUCUGGGACAUUCCGAGCGGUUGGUGGCAGGCGAGCACGGUCACCAUGGGGAUCGGGGUCGCGAUCGCGGUGAUCGGCGCCCUCACCCUGCUCGCGGCCGCCUCCACCUUCCUCCCGCACAUCCUCAAAACACCGAAACACACCAGGGUGCUCGGCUCUCUCCAGUUGCUCGCCGCGAUGAUAUGCGGCGGUCUGGUCAUGUAUCCCAUAGGAUGGGACAACAGGGAGGUGCGGGAGUCUUGCGGGAAGGGUGCUAACGUGUACAAUCUCGGAAAGUGUUCCGUUUCAUGGUCGAGCUAUCUGCUGGUAGGCUCGGUGGCGCUGUUGAUGCUGUGCUUCGGGCUGAGCUUGUGCGCCGCUCGACACAAGCCGUCCAACCCGCACACCGAUCCUCUGCGCAUUUGACAAUCGAGAUACUCUCAAUCGAUUCACGCCUAUGCCUCGCCGAAGACGACCACCCUCUCCUUCGUCACGGUCUGUUGAGCCGUGAGGAGGGCGGGGAGAAGGAGGAACGAGAGAA